AAAUGGUACAAUCUCCCCCAUAGUGAGAGUAAGCCGUAAAAAUGUGUGCUUCGAUGGUGAGAUUAUCGCCGCCGUUGAGUCGCAGCACACUCUUUCGGAGUAUUCAAACCACCAAAACAACACCAUGUCACCGGAAUAUGUCCACGUCAGCCUCGGCGAUUCCAACCGUCGGAACCAAAAUCAUCGGCGUCGGCCGCAACUACGCCGCGCACGCCAAGGAGUUCGGAAACGCUGUUCCUAAGGAGCCGGUGCUGUUUCUGAAGCCGACGACGUCGUUUCUGGAGAACGGGGGUAAAAUUGAGGUGCCUGAGCCGCUGGAGGCGCUGGAUCAUGAGGUCGAGCUGGCAGUUGUCAUCAGUCAACGCGCCCGUGACGUGCCCGAGGUCACUGCCAUGGACUACGUUGGAGGUUAUGCUCUUGCUUUGGAUAUGACUGCUAGAGAGAUCCAAUCCGUUGCUAAGUCUGCAGGUCUUCCGUGGUCUGCAGCUAAAGGGCAGGAUACCUUCACCCCGAUCAGCUCUAUCUUGCCUAAAUCCAUGUUGCCAGACCCUCACAACGUAGAACUCUGGUUGAAGGUUGAUGGACAAAUUCGGCAAAAAGGAUCAACGAGCGAUAUGAUAUUUAAGAUCCCAUUCUUGAUUAGCCACAUCAGCUCUCUCUUCACUCUUCUUGAAGGCGAUGUCAUAUUGACAGGUACUCCUAAAGGUGCAGGCCCUGUUAAGAUAGGCCAAAGAAUUGAAGCUGGAAUAACUGACUUGUUGGACAUUCAUUUCGAUGUUGAGAGACGCCGUAGAGUUAUUCAUUGAUGAGCAAAAUACAUUCACUUCUGCAACAGUUAAAGACCUCAUGUUGCAUUUGCUCGUCUUAUUCUCUGUGUCUCAAAAUUUGACACACAAGAAAGCAUGUCUUUUCCGACCAUGGAAUGAGAACUGCUUCUUUUUGAGGGCCUACAGACUACGUACAGAAUAGAUAUUGAGAUGUAAAAUUUACACUAUAUAGUGAAUGUUGCUGAUAUAUUCAUUAAUGGAUGUUGAGGCCUACAAGAGAGAGUUGAUAUUUCAACUAUCGUAGACGUCCUUGUAAAUUGUACUGAACUUUGCUAAUCUAUAUCUUGGGCUCAAAUUACUCCUA